UUUAGAGAGGCCUACACCUCCCACAUCCUCAGUAAAACAGGCUCUUAAAGAGACAGCAACAAAAGGCCGGGAGGCUGGAGGUGGGACUCGGUGGCUGAAUGCAUGAUGUUUACGAGUGAAGGCCCCCCCCCCCAAAUUACACGCAGGAGCACCAGGAAUGGGGAGGACACCGAGAAAUUACAACACUUUUGCAGAGAUUUGGAAAGAUCUGUUUCCCAGCGUGGCCACUCCAAUACCCGAGGGAACCAGGUUCUGAAUAUGAACCACUACGCCACCAAGAAGAGUGUGGCAGAGAGCAUGCUGGAUGUGGCGCUCUUUAUGUCCAAUGCCACGAGGCUGAAAGUGGUGCUGGAGCAAGGGCCAUCCUCGCAGUACUACACCACCCUCAUCGCCCUCAUCAGUGUCUCUCUGCUCCUGCAAAUAGUCAUUGGCAUUCUUCUUGUGGUCAUUGCCAGGCUGAACCUGAAUAAGGUAGAAAACCAAUGGCGUCUAAACCAGCUCAACAAUGCUGCCACCACCUUGGUCUUCAUUACUGUGGUCAUCAACAUUUUUAUCACUGCUUUUGGGGCACACAAGACAGGCUCCAUGGCUGCCAGGACCUCCAGCAAUCCUGUUUAAUUCCUACCUAGGUCCCAGGAACUGGGUCUGGACUGCUUCAGCCUUUGUCCCCGACCCGUCAGGCUAACUAGCACAUCCCACAGCCUCCAGGAGAGCUUCAAGGGCAACAAAAAUGCCCCCACUUCCUGCCUGCAGCACCUGAAUUGUGCAGUUUUACUGGAUGAUGUAAUUGCGUCUUGGUCUGAAGGCCUGAGCUCAGCCUCUGCAACAGCCACCCUUCCCUCCAGCAACAGUAAAUGACUCUGCUAAGUAAGGCCGUCUACAUGGCCCGCAGACUCUGGUUCCACCGCAUUCCUUCCCUCUGCUCCAAGCCUCAACUGUCCCUUCCUGCAAAAUGGGAAUCUAUCUAUAAAAAAUAUCUAAAAAUUGA